AUGACGAAUUCUCUACAUGAAAAUCUUCCUUGGGUGGAGAAAUAUAGACCACAGAACUUGGAUCAGGUUUAUGGGCAACAGGAAGUUGUUCAAACAAUUCGAAAACUUGCCAAGGAUGGACGUAUUCCGCAUAUGCUAUUCUACGGACCUCCAGGAAGUGGCAAGACAUCCACGGUGAUUGCAUUGGCAAGAGAAAUAUACGGGAAAAAUUAUAAAAAUAUGGUGUUGGAGUUAAAUGCCUCAGAUGAUCGAGGAAUUGACGUUGUAAGAGACAGGAUCAAGAGUUUUGCAAGUACUAGACAGAUCUUCAGCUCUGGAUUCAAGUUGAUUAUCUUGGAUGAGGCAGAUGCGAUGACUAGCACGGCUCAGAAUGCGUUGAGACGAAUUAUUGAGAAGUACACUAAAAAUACAAGGUUCUGCAUUUUGGCCAAUUAUGCACACAAAAUGAAUCCUGCAUUAAUGUCCAGAUGUACGAGGUUUCGGUUUGCUCCGUUAGCAGAUUCGGCCGUGGGGAAGGGAAUUCAUGUGGUGGUGAAGGAAGAGAAGUUGAAUCUACCGGAAGAAACAGAGAAAUGUCUCAUUCCUUUGAGUAGAGGCGAUAUGAGAAAGGCGUUUAAUGUUCUUCAAGCUUGUGCUGCAGCCCUUGAUGAGGAAGGUGAUCCCAUAACGAUAGAUAUGAUCUAUGAAUGUGUAGGAGCCGCCAAACCCAAAUCUAUAGAGACUGUUUUGGAUGCUAUUAUGAAAAACGAUUGGACUGAUGCCUAUGGUACGAUGGAUAAGGUGAGGAAAGCCGAAGGAUUGGCAUUAAUAGAUCUCAUAGAAGGAUUCGUUGAGGUGCUGGACAAAUAUCAGCUUAAACCAUCUACGAGGACGAGUAUAUUGGAGGGAUUGGGAGAUAUUGAAUACGGAAUAUCCAAAGGUGGUAGUGAUAAGAUCCAAAGUACUGCGGUGAUAGGAUGCAUCAAGAGUUCUUUAGAAAAUGAGCAGUAG